AUGGCCCGCCCGUUGGAGAGACUCCAAGGUGGCCGCAGACCACAGUCAGCAGCACGGAGACGGAAAGGAAAGGGAGACGGAAAGGUGGUGGGCCCCUCGGGUACGCCGUACGAGGGCGGCUUCUUCCACUUCCUGAUGCAGUGUCCGAAGGACUACCCGAUGCGGCCGCCGCGCGUUCGCCUCAUGAACACCGACGAUGGAAGCGUGAGCUUCAAUCCGAACCUGUACAAAAGCGGCAGGGUGUGCCUGGAUAUCCUGGGAACCUCGGACACGUUGGCGUGGAGCCCUGCCCACAGCAUUUCGAGUGUCGUCGUCUCGAUCCAGUCUCUGCUGACGAAGAAGCCGCACUUCAACGAAGCCAACUGGAUCAGCGAGCUGCGGCCGGAAGACUGCGGGAGCUACAGUCGCAUCGUGCAGCACGAGACCAUCCGCGUUGCCGUGUGCGACGCUAUCGAUGCCUGUCUCAAUGGAUGCUCGCUGUGCCCGGGGUACCUCGAAGGAGUGAUGCUGGAACACUUCAUGGCCCACUACGAGAAGUACGAAAAGGUUGUCGAGUCCAGCUUGUAUCUGACCGGUGAGGACAUGAUGGACCCGCUCUUCUUCGAAACCUACGGGCGAGGACAGUACCAAUACGAAAGCUUGCUCGUGAAGCUGCGCAAGAUGAAAGCCCAAGUUGAGGAUUUGAUGAAGGCAUUACACGUAGGUGAACAAUGA